CUUUUUUUUGUAAUUUCGUCAAAGUUAGUUCAAAGAUAUGAUAUACCUUUCUGAACGUAACCUCAAAAAUUCAAAUUGCCAAAAAUGUUUUUAUUAGCCAGAAUAGAACAUAAUUUGUUGUAUCACUUCGCAAAAAGGGUGAGAUGGAAGCAAAUACGGUUCUACUCGAAGAAAAGGGCGAUCAUUCUUGGUAUUGAAACCUCUUGUGAUGACACAGGUUGUGCCAUCAUCAACACAGAUGGAAAAAUACUUGGUGAAGCUCUGAAUUCUCAACAUUUGGUACACUUGAAUCAUGGAGGAAUAAUACCAACUAUAGCUCAAGGUUUGCAUAGGAGAAAUAUUGAAAAUGUGGUGAAUGAAGCAAUGAGUGCUGCAAAUUUAGCCUUUGAAGAUAUUGAUGCAAUAGCCACAACUGUUAAGCCAGGUCUACCUCUUUCGCUACUGAUUGGCAUGAAAUAUGGUAAGCAUCUAUGCCGAAAAUACAAAAAACCAUUUAUUCCGAUACACCAUAUGGAGGCGCACGCUCUAACAGCUAGAUUGUACGAUAAAACAAUAGAAUUUCCAUUUUUGGUAUUAUUAAUUAGUGGUGGACACUGUCUCGUUGCGAUUGCACAGAAGCUUGAUAAAUUUUUACUCCUGGGGGAAAGCGUCGAUGAUGCUCCUGGUGAAGCUUUUGAUAAGAUGGCUAGGAGAAUGAAACUGAAAAAUCUUCCUGAGUAUUCUCAGCUUUCAGGAGGGCAAGCUAUUGAACUUGCAGCAUCUAAAGCAGAUAAUCCUUUAGCAUACAAGUUCACGAUUCCUCUAAAGCACUAUAAAAAUUGUAAUUUCAGUUUUUCUGGAAUAAAGAACCAACUCAAGCUACAACUGAUUAAAGAGGAAAGGAUGAAAGAAGUAGCUGCUGAUGGCGUUAUACCUGGUGUCAACAACAUGUGUGCCGGUUUCCAAAUUGUUAUAACUAGACAUAUUUGCCACAGGGUGCAGAGAGGCAUGGAGUAUGCAGAAUUGAAAGGCUUGAUACCUCCCGACAAAAAAACUUUGGUAGUAUCUGGAGGAGUGGCAUGUAACAAUUUUAUAAGUAAAGGAUUGCAAAUAGUAUGUGAUGAACUCGAAUACAAAAUGGUCAGACCUCCACCCAAAUUAUGCACAGACAACGGCGUCAUGAUAGCUUGGAAUGGUGUUGAAAGGUGGAAAGAAAACAUUGGCAUCUACACGGAUUUUGAAGAUAUUGAGAUUGAAAAAUCAUCACCUUUAGGUGAAAGUCUUAUCGAAGAUGUCGAGAAAUCUGGAAUUAGCUGCAAUUGGGUAAAAUUAACAAAGUUAAAUUUUCCACAAUGAACAUGCACAGUGAAUUAUUAAGAUAAAUCACAGCAGAUAAACUGCAGUGAACAUGAAUUGCAGAUGGCUUAAUUCCAUAUUCUAUCACUUGAAAGAGCAGAUAUAGGUGAAUGCAAUCAAGUUUCGAUAAAACAACACUGCAGUUUCUUAAAGGAUAGAAAGUACAUUAAAUCCAAUAAAACAGAUUGAAAAGUUUAAAUUAAAUCAAAAGGAUGAAUUCACAACUGAAUAUAUUUUUCCAUAUGUUGAUCAUUCAUUAUAUAAAUAAAGAGGUAUAAGUGACA